UAUUAGAAACUAAUCUAGUUAUACUAGCCUCGUCCCCAGGCUCGAGCUUAGAGUACUUGUGGAGUCCUUGUAGAAAAAGACUUGUGGAGUCCUUGUUACUGUAGAUCCAGUAGAUCUAUCCUGAGUUUUAUUGCACAGUAAAUUUAGUAGUAUCCGGAGUGUACCUACUAAAGUCUUUGGGGAGUCAAAAGUUAAAGAUGAUUUUAAAGUUGAUAAAAGGACUUUUUGUAGCUGUGCAAAUUAUAAUCCUUCUAUUUGGUUUGGUGAUCGUAGGAAUUGGUACUUGGUUGGAGCUGCAAUAUAAAUCACUGAAGGAAGUACUGGACAGCUCAAGAUUGAACUAUGGACCUUAUCUGAUCAUUUGUGUUGGUAUACUGGUCUCAUUAAUUGCAUUGUUUGGGCUUGUAGGAGUUAAAGGAAAAAAUAUGCUCAACAAGUACUCCUUGGGUCUCUACAUCAUUUUGGCAUUUAUAGUGGUCCUGGGUCAAAUGGCAGGAGCAAUGGCCACUUUUGUUUUUCGUGAGCAAGUAGAAUCUAUUGCAAGUGAAGCACUGAAUGAGACUAUGAAAUACUAUGGAAUGGACAGUGAAGUAGGUACUCUAGUCACUGAUCUAUGGAACAAUCUACAACAAGAGAAUGGAUGCUGUGGUGUGAAUGGAGCAAGAGAUUGGAUUGGAGAAGUACGAAAUGAAUCAAUUGCUCUUCCUUCCACUUGCUGUAGGAAUACAACAGACCUGCUUUGUGGUCUGGAUACAGAAAGUAUUGCCAGUGCAUAUGGUGGUGGUUGUUUGAGUUUUGUAACUGAAUAUUUAUCUGAUAAUCUCUUGUACGUGGGUGCCUUUGGUUUAGGUUUUGUUGCUGUGCAGGCUGUAUCAAUCAUAGUCGCUGUUUUGCUCCUGAUGGUGUCAGAUUACUCAGCUACUAAUAAAGUUGGCGUCAUAUAAGUCAAACAUACUUCUUUUGCUACUUAACUGUAAAAAAGUUUAUAAGCAAGCAAUUAAAAACCAUUUAAAUUUUUGUUCACAUACAAUUGAUUAAUUAUUUAGCAUCAAGAAAUAUCUUAAUACUUGUAAUAGAGU